AUGGGGGAAAAUGCUGGCAAAUUCGCGCUUAUGGGAUGCGGCCUUGUGUGCUUGGGCUUGCUGAUCUUCGUCAUCGUGAUGCUGGCGUCAAUUAAGGUGGUCAACGACCGGCAGCAGAUCCUGUACGUCUUUCCAACCACGAAAGAGGUGAAGAACGGUCCUUUCACUGAGAUCGUCUGGCCGCACAUAACUCAUGAAGUGAGAGAAGCUGUGCAAGUAUCGACAAGUGACUUUGCUGUUUUGAAGCAUGAGCGGACGCAAGAGCUUCGUCAUGUUCCCGGUCCAGAAUUUGUCUUUAUGGAAGCCUACGAAUCACUGGAGGCGAUUAGAUCCAAGACCGUGCUGCAGAAGCAAGAGUACAUCCGCCUCGUGGACAAGAUGACUGGGGAAGAACGUGUGGUGCAGGGUGCCACAACUUUGGUCCCACGACCGCUUGAAGACGCUCCUUCGGGUGUGGAGACUGCGAUUGUAAUUGGAGCGCAGAACGCGGUCCUGGUGUACAACAAGACCUCGGGCAUCAGAAGCCUGAUCAGACAGGCGGGUGCGUUCGUUCCAGCCCCUUACGAAGAGAUCCUCAGCGAGCAGCAGGCUGUUCUUCUGGAGCCCCUGCAGUAUGCCGUUGUCAAAGAUCUCCUCACUGGCGAGGCACGGAACGAGGUUGGGCCGCAGCUGCUCCAAGCAGGUGCUUACGAGAGCAUCCUGGAGACCAAACGGAAGCUCGUUCUGGAGAAGGACGAGUACAUCCAAUUCCUGGAUAAAAAGACGGGCAUGGAGCGAGUCCUGCGAGGUCCCGACCAAGUCGUGCCCGAGCCUAAUGAAGAAGCCGAAGAUGGGGUUCAGAAGGCGGUCUUCCUCACCGACCAGCAGGCAGUGGUGGUCCUGAACAGGACUUCUGGACAAAGGCGGCUUGAAACCACAAACGGGGUUUUCUUUCCGGAAGCUUACGAGAAGGUGCUGGAGGUGCGAACAAAAUACGUGGUCCUGACCAAUCAGGCCGCUGUGACAAGAGAUGUCCUCGGUGCACUAACGAUGAUCAGUGGGGCAAGCGGCAGCACAGCUUUCUUCUUGCAGCCGUACGAGGAACUAGUGGAGAUGCAAUGGUCCGUGUAUGACUCCCCGGAUGCACAGGAUCCGGUUCCGAAGACCACGGUUUCCAUGAUCGAUCUCCGAGCUCAAAAGAUGUUCUUCAAUGUGGAAGUGCGAACCAGCGACAAUGUGAAAAUGAGACUCGAGGGUACGGUUUUUUGGCAGGUGAAGGAUGUCCUCACCAUGAUUGCGACGACAGCUGAUCCUGCCGGUGAUGUGUCGCAGCGGGCGCGGAGUGGACUGGUAUCAGCGGUAAGCCAAAACACCUUUGCAGUCUUCAUGAGUCAGUUCAACAACAUUACUGCGCAGGCCUACGCUCAGCAAGCAGCAGACGGCUUUUACAGCUCACGUGGUGUGGAGCUGCAAAGCAUGGAGAUGACCCGCUACGACAUGGUAGAUCAGGAGACUGCAGACAUCUUACAGCUGAUCAUCCAGGAAAGCACGAAUCGCAUCAACCGCUUGCAGCAGCAGGAGAGUGAGAACGAUGUGUUAGCGGCAAAGCUGGUGGCAGACAUUCAGUUGGAGCAGCAGCGAACGGAUUUCAUCAGAACGCAGGCGAGUAACCAGAGGUUGGCAGCUCUCUUGGAAGGACAAGCUCAAGGCACUGAGCUCGUAGAAAGUGCUGCAGCCUUCAUUGAUGGUCUGAACGAGACGGUGCCGGAUGUGGCAGACCGCACAGAGUUGUACAGGAUGCAUCAGCUUCUGGACGCACGGAACGCAGACACACAUAACUUGGCCUCGGGCCAGGCCCAGCUCUUCCUCACACCCUCCAAUCUCAAUUUACAGCUGAGAAUGGCAAACGACGAGCUGUAA